AUGCCGCACCGCAUUCUCAUUAUGCGGUUGCAUACUCUCACCUUUUGGCAACUAGUGAACUCGAGAGAAGAGGACAACUUGUGGAGCGAAUGCGGCAUCGCAUAUUCAGGAUGCAGCCGCAUUCUCUUGCGAGAAAGAACAUCAGAACGCAGAAGAUGUGAGGCAAAUGCGGUCGCAUACUCAAUAUGCGACCCCAUUCUCUUGUCUGCAAUUGCUCAAUUAAGUCGUUUUGGAGAUAGAUACUUGAAGUCGUGGAUAAUUCCUGAUCCAGAAGUAAUGUUCAUACCUCGAACCAAGGAGGACGAAUGCCUUAUCCUUGCAAGUGAUGGUUUAUGGGAUGUUAUGACAAAUGAAGAGGUGUGUGAUUUGGCUCGCAAGCGCGUACUCCUCUGGCAUAAAAAGAACGGUGGAACCCUUCCCUUGGAAAGGGGCCAAGGAAUUGAUCCAGCAGCACAGGCAGCAGCAGAAUGCCUGUCAAAUCGAGCUCUUCAAAAGGGCAGCAAGGACAACAUAACAGUGAUUGUUGUGGACUGA